ACUCUACUCUGAUUUGUUUCUAACAACACGACUUUUCAUGUAGUCCCUUUACCUUUUACUUCUGUUCUAGCUAAAAAAAAAUAAAAUACUAAUAAAAGUAUGACUUCUUAUAUUACAUAUUUACUUACUUACCUUUAAGGCUAAUGCAGAGAAUUGGUACCAGUAGAGAUAAAUUUAGGGUUCAGGUUAGGUUUAGGGAUACAAUUCAGGGUUCGUUUACUUAGUCACUAAUUUAGAAAUUUAGUAAGUAAGUAAUUUAGUUAGUGACUACUGUGUGAGUGUGACAGUGAAUCAGUGAAUUAUAAAAGUCAUUAAAAGUUCACGGGUCGUGGCAACGAAGGAGGCGGCCGCGUGAUCAUAUGUCAUGGCACCAAUUGAAAUUGUCUGCAUUUACCACAUUUAAAUAAAUGACUGACUGAGUCUUAGACUUAGUCCACUCAGUGAUGAUUGACAAUGAUUGGUAUUCUAUUACUAUUCUAUUAGUAUUAGUCAGGGGCGUGAUUUCAGUUCUUUUCAGAAAAGGGGGGGGGGGCAAAACUCUGUCGGCUUCUUAAAUUGUUUAUUACUGGGUGCUCCACAUUACAUAUGGCAUGUCAAUUUAAAUAAAACCUGAAAAUUCGGUUGGGGGGGGGGCAAAUAUCCCGCCCUACCCAAAACACGUCCCUGUCAUUAGUUGUAAUUGUAGUAACUGUACGAGUACUUAGUACUAAUACUAAUAGUAAAGUAAUAGUCAUCUUGGCCUAUACUAAAUUUAAUUAAUUAUUAUUUUAUGAUAAAAAGCCUUUAUUGGGCCUAUAUAUAUAUUUUUUUUUUUUUCAGAUUGUGCUGGUAGCAGCCUUCCUUGCUAACUGUAAAAAAUACUUCACUAAAUGAAUCAUUGAAUGGUCUCUUAUUUAGUGAAUUUAGUGAAUGGUUCAGUCAUAUAAAUAAUUCUAAUAAUUCUUGCUUUAAAGUUAAAGCACUUUUUAAGUUUUUUAAUUUUCUCUAUACUUAAAUAUAUGAGUGAGAUAAAUAGAAGUAGACCCAUUACUAUUAACUUCUAUGAAGUUUAACUACAGUACUCAUAAUCAUAUCUAACAACAAGCCUCAAACUAUAGUCAUGGAAAUGUCAACACUAAUCAGAAACAAUCCAAAACUGGCAAUGGCUAUAUGUUUUGGAGGAGGGUUCCUUGCUGCUUAUAUCCUGUGCAGGUGGAGAAGAUACUAUGCUAUGCCUAAUCUAUUGGUAAAGUAAAGAAUUAUACCUACUAAUUGAAAUUGUAAUAGUUUAGAGAAUUUUAGAUUUAUAACAAAGAAAUAUUAUAAAUUGAUUUUUCAUUUCAAACCUUUUAAAUCUCUCGACACAUGAAAUGCUAAUAGUGUAAUGUGUGUAACAUAUUUAAAAAAAAAUAAAUUAAUCAUGGUCUAACAUUUUCUGUAUUUCUAAAAUAUUUCCAUCAGAAUCAAGCCCAGCUUGGUCAAGGAGAAGGGAACGCAGUGUCUGGGGAAUACAAAAUGGUGCUAGUGGUCAGGAAUGAUCUCAAAAUGGGUAAAGGAAAAAUAGGUGCUCAGGUAAUUUAACAGAAAGGCAUUAUUAAAAGUCGAAUUCAAAUAUCAGAUCUAAUGUUAUUUAUUGUGAAGACCAUGUCAACUAAAAAUGUAUGGCUUAAAAUUAAAACAUCUUAAGAAAUUUUUGUAUUCCUUCUCUUUCAAGUCUCAAGCUUAGAGUUACAACAAAAGAAAUUAAUCAUCUUUUUGUUUAAAUGAGUUUUUUUUUUUUUAAUGUUAGUGGAUAAUGAAAGGUCUUUUGAAACGAAAACCAUGAUUUAAAAAAUUGACCCUGUUACUAAGCUAUGUUCUGCAUAAUCUAAUAUGUCGAAUUUACCAUUUGACAGUGUGCCCAUGCAGCAGUAGCAGCAGUUGAUAAAUACAGCCGUGAUAACCUCCCUGCAUUGAAACAUUGGCAGAGAAGAGGACAGCCAAAAGUAGUUCUUAAGGUUGAUGAUGAACAAGCUUUGUAAGGGUGUCUCUUAGUAUUUUUAACAUUAUUUACAGCACGCUGUUUGCUUUAAGAUUAAAGAGGGGCACUUAACAAAAUUGAUAGUAAGGCAUUGGUUUACCAUAUUUAAAGGAAGGCCAGUUUAAAAACUCACUUGUAUUUGUAGCACAUUUCUUCUGAGUUUAUAUAAUAUAUGUUAACAAAAUUAUAUUUUUGCCCAUUCAGUUUUGAUUUGACAAAAGUUGCUGAAAUGGAAGGAGUAGGAACGUGCCUUAUUACUGACGCUGGCCGGACACAAAUAGCUCCUGGUUCUAAGACAGUAUUAGCAGUUGGACCUGGUACUUACCAAUUUUAAUGGUUUGCUUAUUAGUGAUAUUCUCUAAGACUGCAUGACUUUUAUUUUUUUUUUAGUAUCACAAACCAGAUUUUACUUAUUUAUUAGGUAUUUUGAGCAGUUUCUUUAUUUGCCUUUCUUAUAUAAUAUAUAUUAAAAAAAUUAAAUCUAUAUUAAAAGAUAAUCAACAUCAUUGGGACUAAUCUGUUUUAUUAGGCUGCCCUAGUCUGUGUGGUAUGCCACUGCUGCAUAGAUAAUCCAUUAAAUAUCUGAUUUUUACUUAUUCAGCACCAUCCACUCUUUUUAUAGUCAGAUAACUGGAAUAUCUUAUCAUUUUAGUUGGAUAUUGACAGGUCAUACUCAUAACAUUAGAUUAUUAUUAGCUAAGACUUCAAAAGUUUAUAACAUUACAAUUGGCCACCAAAUAAUGUUAUUAUAUAUUCCUAAUUACCUCAAUAAUGGUAAUUUUUUCUGUAAGCUGGUGAAUUGAAUCUCCCCCUAAAAACAUUUUCAUAUGCACUAUUCUUUUUUUUUUUUUGGUGACAUUAUUUUAAAUAUUUAAAUUAUGUUUAGUGUUCUCCAUAUUAAUAUUACACAUUUUAAUGCUUUUCUUUCCAAGAUGUAGUAAAUAUUUUAUGGAUUUUGUUUUUCAGGACCAGCAAGUAAAAUUGACAAGAUUACUGGACAUUUAAAACUAUUAUGAGUAAAGUUUAUAAUAUUACAAUUUAAUUCACAUGACUCAUUGCAUUUUCAAUGUCUUGUAAAGUCCAUUUUUUCCCCAUCAAUAAAAUCCUUUCACUUUAAAAAUACCACAGCUGGAUGAAAAUUAUUUGUUGGUUUGAAUAUGUCUUUUGCCAAAUCAAUCCAGUCGAUUAAUUAACUGCGUUUUCUAAUUUGUUCUUCAAGAUAUCAGGCACAAAAAUUGUAGAAGUCUAAAUUGUGUGGAACGGUUAAAUAAAUUAUAAAAAUUUUGAAACCAUUCUGCCUCAAAAUCUAUAUUAUUAAUAUAUGGCAUCCUUCCGUCUACGUUAGACGAUGGAGUAGCUAUGUAGUGUAGUCCUACACUUCGACGAGUGGCUAACUAGGCCAAUCCUGGAAUGACAAUCUCGACCGCAUCUCUCGCAGGAGAAUAUU